CGCGACUGGACGGCAGCGAGACGCAAUCAUAGCCACACCUCCUCGUUUCAAUGCCAGCAUGCCGACAUUAAUCAUCGAAAAGCAACUGCAGGCCCCUCGGCGCAGUGCCCGCCGAUUAGGGCUGGCUGGCUGCAGCGAAAUCGAGUCUGCUGACACGGUGGCUUGCCGGUAUAAUAUCGAAAAAAGUAUUAUGAUAUUAUGUUGGAAGCGGAAAAUAGCCAACAGCGGCCGAGAUCAGAUAUGAUCAAGAGGGAAAAAAGCGCGAGGCUGAAACGACAAUAUUGAUGACGACCAGGUGCAAGGAAGGACAGGCGAGGCCAGUGAGUCCUCUUCAGAGCGCGCCCCGCCCAUGCAGAGAGGCAGGCAAACGCGGCGAAGGCGCUCUGCAACGCAGGCCCUUUUGCCGGGCGAGCCUGCCGUGUCAGUUGACGACUCAUUGUGAGCAGCAGCCCGUCGGACGCGUCAGAAGGCGGGCGGUGAGGAGCAGAACAGAACGGUUGAGCGGCGGCCGUCUCGGUGAACAAUUGCCUCCGAAGGCAACAUCCUGUGCGGUCCAGCUGCGAGCGCAGUUGAUGAUGCCUGAUCCUGAUGAAUGCCAGCCCGCAAGAGAUUGCACGGCGAACUCUCUGCGGGGCCACGGUGCUGCUUUUCGCGCGAGGUUCGGCACUGGCCACUCAGGUCGCGUUCGCAUUCUCGCGCAACGCGGCGUUCAUUGCCGCUCCUGUGGAGUGUGCCGCGUGCCGUGUCCAAUAUUGGUCCGCGUUUCGCUCGGGGCGGGCUCGCUAUCUCCGACCGACUCUCUGCGGGCUCGUCGCGGCGGCCUGCUGGUGAUGUCGCUGCGUGUGGUGGUGAAGGGAGAGGCGGACGGUGAGACGACGUGUGGUGUUGUUUACAUCGUGCCUUCCUAACGAGCGUAGCCUCGCGCCAGUGGCCCUGUACCC